CAUGAAUGCAUCCAGCGCGCAGCUAUUUUUGCAUUCACUCAUGUUGUGGCAAUCUUGGGUUGGACACGCUGCAGCAAACGGCCUCGACGGCCAAGGCAACAAUUAUUGACGUCAGAAGCGAAACUUUGCCUUUCUACCACACCACACCGCAGAAGAUCCAGUGGCAGUGGCAGUGCCAGGCCAGUGCCUGAACUCCAGCAACCUAUCUGAUCUCGUCGAGUUCAGUUCGACACGUUCGUAGCUACAGCGUCGAAACAUUCACCUAGCUUGGCCUUCACAUUCCCAUAAGUACAGAACUAGGCGGCCAGCCAAGACCACAUGUGCCGCCCACACGACAAUGCUGGACCCCGGAAGCGAAUCCUCCGGCUCGUCAUGCUUGUCUGCUGUGUCAAGUCGUCUGCGAUUAUCUUCUCUCGUAGGUCUAUCUGAGUACCUAUACUUCGUGCAGUUCUCGCGCACACGUUUUACCAGAGAACCCACAAGUGCCGCGUGCCUUAUUCGACAUGCAGCUCCAACCCCUGACAGGAACACAUCUGAUCUGGGCCGUUGGACUUGUCUUGGCUGCGUACAUCCUGCGAUUCCUCCAGCGACUACACUUUCAUAGAACUCUCGUCAAUGGACUUCCGGGACCUCCUCACAGCUAUGCCUUCGGAUCGCUUAUUUCUAUGGGCAAGGUGGCAGCCAAACAACCUCCCAAUGCCGCUCCACAAGCAUUGAUGCAAUGUCUGAAAGACGCUUACGAUCUUCCGGAUGCCUUUUACUUUGAUUCUUGGCCUCUGGGCCCUCCGAUAAUGGUGAUCACAAACCCGGAUAUGGCAAACCAAAUCACGAUCAAAUACAAUCCACCAAAGCACCCACUGGUCGCAGAGUUCAUGGUCAACUUUGGGGGAAAAUAUGACUUGGUCUCUGAAGAGGGCGCCGUCUGGAAGAAGUGGAGAUCUGCUUUCAAUCCAGGGUUUGCGCCAGGCCAUCUCAUUACACAGGUUUCGACCAUCGUGGAUGAAUGUCAGGUCUUUUGUGAUAUUAUGGAGAAGCGCGCGAGGAACAACGAGCUAUUUCGCAUGGAGCCUGCGGCAACGAAGCUUACUGUAAACAUAAUUGGUAAGAUAGUGCUGGAUCUCGAUCUCAACGCGCAGCAUGGCAAAAACGUGCUUGUGGACUCUUUCAUGUCUCAAAUUCGAUGGCAAAAGAUCGGACUACAAUACCAGCCAAGCGAACUCUGGGACAUCCGCCGACCCAUAAUUCAGCGCUACAACAAUUGGAGAAUGCACCGAUGGCUGUCUGCGCGCCUCGAUGAGCGCUUUGCUGGGCUUGAAGCACGAGGGAAAUCGAAGCAUGUUAUCGAUCUCGCUUUGGAGGCCUACCUGAAAGAGAUUAAAGGCCAAAAGGGCAGCGUUGAUGCUAGUAAGAUCAAGGGACUUGAUCCCGAUUUCAAGGAAGCGGCCAUUAGCAAUAUGAAGACAUUCACCUUUGCUGGACAUGACACCACAUCCUCGGCGAUCUGCUAUUCUUUCUACUACCUCAGCAAGUACCCGGAAACUCUCGCCAAGAUCCGAAAAGAGCACGAAGAGAUUUUUGGACCGGACCCAGACGUGGUAGCACAGAAGCUCAAAAGCGAUCCGCACUUGCUCAGCAAAAUGGAAUACACCCUUGCCGUAACAAAAGAGGUUCUUCGAAUGCAGCCACCAGCAUCGACUAUCCGCUUAGGUCAAGCAAACCUGACACUGCACAACCCUGACACUGGCGAAAACAUGCCCACAAACCACUUCAUGCUUUGGCCAGUGAAUGUUGGCAUGCAUCGGAACCCUCGGAACUGGCCAAACCCAGAUAUAUUUGAUCCAGAAAGAUUCAUACCUGGCUCAGCAGUCUACGCCGAGAACAACAAAGAUGCUUGGGUACCGUUCAGUAAAGGCGUGAGGAAUUGUAUUGGGCAAGAGUUGGCAAUUAUGGAGGCAAAGGUCAUUCUUGCGAUGAUCGUGAGGAAGUUUGAUUUCAUUAGUGCGUAUAAUGAGCUAGAGAAACUGGUAGGUGAUGGAAGCUCAUAUCCUAAUUAUCUGUCUGGGGUGAGGGAGCAAUUUGGGGAGAGGGCGUAUCAAGUACAGCUUGGGACUGCGAAGCCGGCUGAGGGCAUGCCUUGUCGGAUGAAGCUGGCGAAGCGAUGAAGCUGCCUCUUUCGAAGCAAACAAGCCUGGCUGGGCUCUGAUCAGGAGAAACGUGCAUACACUUUGCAUUAUUUGCCAAGAUUCCAUACACAGCUGAUAGGUCUUCAAGAACCCUGACAUCC